CCGCUUUCUGCAAUGGGGGAAAAGGGGGGUGGGUGCAAAUGUGUACACUCAUCAUUCCACGCUCCACGCAGAAAUCCACAUUACAGGCACUUUGCCAAUAAAAUAACUGUUGUGCCCCAUCAACGACUCCAUCAUACGCUAGGAGUGUAUUUAUGUACAUACAUGCAGACGCCCCCCCGCGCCCGGGAAUGAGCAAGUCGCUCGUCCAUGAUGCGGCCACUUCAGCAGAGGCUGCCUCGACGGCGCCUCGACCGAAGCCAAAGAGGGUACAAGUCUCGAGGGCGUGUCAAAGGUGCAAGAGGCUGCAGAAGGGCUGCAGCGAGUCCCGGCCGUGCCAGCGGUGCGUGCGGGUCGGCCUCGAGUACGAGUGCCUGCGGGACCCCGGGAGGCAAGCUCGGCGAUCGGCGACGGCGGGGAUGGCUACUACUAUUAAUACCAAUAGUAGUAGUAGUAGUCGAGCAUGGUCAUCAUAUCCGCACCUCCCCGCGAGCCUCUCGCCCGAAACCGCCCACGCGUCCCCGCUUACCGGGUCAUUGCCACCGCUGCUGCUGCCGCCGCCGCCGCCGCCGCCGCCGCCGUCGCCGAGACGGAGCCUGCCUCCCGGCAUCGUGAUCCGGUACUGCUUCCAGCGCUUCUUCGCCAAGCUGUACCCCACCAUCCCGAUCCUGACCCCCGAGUACGCCGACCUGCUGGUCGCCGAGGCCGAGUCGCACCGCGGGGCCGAGGCCCAGUGCCUCGUCACGGCCGUGUGCGCCGUCGUGCUGCUCCAGGUCGAGGAGCCGGACCGGCGCCCGUUCGAGGCCGCCGGGAUCCCGCACUCGAACCGCCAUUUCGGCGAGCUGCUCUUCGAGGACGCCAUGGCCUCCCGCGUCCACCUCUCCUCCAGCGCGUUCAACCCCAGCCUGGAGCGCACCCUGGCCACCUUCUUCCUCUACGCCGGCCACGCCUCGCUCUUCCACCACAGCCAGGGCUUCUUUUUCCUCCGCGAGGCCGCCACCCUCUGCCUCGUCCUGCGCAUCCGCGACGGUGACCUCCUCAGGCGGAAGCUGGCCGACAGGCUCUUCUGGAUCAUCCUGGUGUCGGAGCGCUCCCACGGGAUCCGCUACCGCCGGCCCGUCACGCUGCAGGUCGUCCCGUCGGGCCCCGCCCUCGAGGCCGAGUCCGAGUCCGGGUCCGGGUCCGGGUCCGGGUCCGGGUCGGAGCCGGACACGGCCCUGGCCGGGCUGCGCCGCCUCGUGUCCCUCUUCCGCCCUCUCGACACCGCCUUCUUCUCCCUGCUCAACCGGGAGGAGACGACGGUGUUCGGGUCGCGGCUGGUGUCGUCGUCGCUCGACGCCAUCCAGGCCGCCAUCCGCGGCGCCCUCGAGCCGCAGCACACGGGCUUGCUCUGCGAGACGCAGCUUGCCAACCUCAGGGUCACGCAGCUCUGGCUGCUCGUCAUCCUGUGGCAGCUCCGGCUGCGGCUGGGCUUGCUGAUGGAGGAGCCCGGCAUCCCGUGCCACCUGACCUUCCACUACCCGGUCGAGCUGGGCGAGGAGCUGGUCGGCGUGGUCCGGGCCAUCUCUGUCGAGAGCAUCCGGAUCCACGGCGUCGGCAUCAACGAAAAGAUCUUCGACGUCGCCUGCGCCAUGGUCGACGUGCUCUCCCGCGUGCCGGCCACCGACAAGCGGGGGACCGGGCGGGAGAAUAUCAGGUACUUCCGGGACCUGAUCCUGAAGCUCCCGGGCGGCGUGUCCACCUACGGGGCGCUCCUCGACAAACACAUCAGCAACACAUUACCGAACCUUUUGGUGCAGUCCGGUAAUUAAUGUAACUUAAGGACAAGCGCGGGCGGAAGCAAUGAAUGAUCACCAGGAGCGAACCAUGUCUGGAUGCCAUUCCGAUUCAAAGAGCGACGUAAUAUCUCUUGUGUCAUUCCGAACAAAAACGGGAUUCGGCCUUUUCGCAAUGAGACAUCUCGGCUCGGGUCGACGGUCAACAUCGAGAUGGCGAAACGAAGCGCGCAGCAUAGCGUAGCCGGCGAGAUAACACCAAUCUGGGCCUUAUCUACAUCUGUCCAUAGCGCUCCUCGACCGGGGGAAGUUUUUUUUUUUUUUUUUGGGGGGGGGGGAUCGCUUCGGGUUCUUGCAAAGUGGUGCACAAACAUUGAGGUGUUAGAACUGGCUCAGGUCAACAGUCCGGGGGAAAAUGGGAGGAGUGGGAGGCUUGGAGGGCGUAGGGACUUUCUAGGCUCGUCUAUCUUUAGCUACGGCGGGGACACAAGGGAAAACCAAAAAUCAAUUGAAUGAAAAUGGGGCUACUAGAAUUGGGGGAAACAGUUUCUGUAAUAUUAGAACUCUGUAAUGGACCCUCUGCGCUAAUUAUUGAGCAGUUGAGUGGUUUUGAGAGAG